CAAAAAAGAGAGCAUCAAAGCAUCACCACAAUGGAAAAAAAACCAAGAAAACGAAACACCUUCUCAAAAUUAUUCCUGCUUUCUCCUACAAGAUUUCCAUUACCACCACAUAUGUGCGUGUGUCCAUUCUUUUGGGCCUCCUCAUAAUUCAUCACAUUCGAUCCCACCCUCAUCAACAACAGAAGUCUAGCAGGUAUCAGCACCCACCAAGGCUUGCCAAAGCCAUGGAGUCCGGAGAUGAGCAACACGAUCCCACGGCGCCGCUGCUUUCGCCGCUGUCCGAGCAGGAAAGACUGGCGGCCGCUUCUCCCUCGCCGCACCAAGUGGACUCUAAGUUGGAGACCGUGCUCACCGACAUGGAGUUGACUUACUUCAAUCGCCUUCGGUUGGCUUCUUGGAUAGAACUCAAGCUGUUGUUCUACUUGGCUGCCCCAGCGGUUAUGGUCUACCUGAUCAACAACUUCAUGUCUCUCUCGACGCGCAUCUUCGCAGGCCACCUCGGGAACCUUGAGCUCGCCGCCGCUUCUCUCGGCAACAGUGGCAUCCAACUCUUUGCCUAUGGCCUUAUGUUAGGGAUGGGAAGCGCCGUCGAGACACUAUGUGGCCAAGCUUAUGGGGCAAGCCGAUAUGACAUGCUGGGCAUUUACAUGCAAAGAGCGACGGUUGUGCUCACCGCCACCGGAAUCCCGCUCACGGUCAUCUAUGUGCUAUCAAAGCCCAUAUUGCUCCUGCUCGGAGAAUCAACAGAAGUGGCGUCCGCGGCGGCGGUGUUCGUGUACGGCCUCAUCCCACAGAUAUUCGGCUACGCCGCAAACUUCCCGAUACAAAAGUUCCUGCAGGCGCAGAGCAUAGUCCGGCCCAGCGCUUACAUUUCGGCGGCCACGCUUUGCGUCCACCUCCUGCUGAGUUGGCUUGCUGUGUACAAGUUGGGUCUAGGGUUGAUAGGUGCAUCACUGGUGCUGAGCUUGUCAUGGUGGAUCAUAGUAGCGGCCCAGUUCAUUUACAUCGUAACGAGCCGCCAGUGCAAGCAGACGUGGACGGGGUUCAGCUUGCAAGCCUUCUCGGGGCUGUGGGACUUCCUCAAGCUCUCGGCUGCAUCGGCCGUGAUGCUGUGCCUCGAGACCUGGUACUUCCAGAUCUUGGUGCUGAUCGCCGGCUUGCUUCCCGACCCCGAGCUUGCCCUCGACUCCUUGGCUGUUUGCAUGGCGAUACAAGGACUGUUGUUCAUGGUCUCCGUGGGGUUUAAUGCUGCUGCAAGUGUGAGGGUGGGGAAUGAACUAGGGGCGGGGCACCCAAAGUCAGCAGCAUUCUCAGUGGUGAUGGUGAACUUGGUCUCCUUCAUAAUUUCUGUGAUCGAAGCAGUUAUCGUGAUGGCGCUGAGGGAUGUGAUCAGCUAUGCAUUCACAGAAGGCGAGUCUGUGGCCGAUGCCGUUUCUGAACUCUGCCCAUACUUGGCCGUCACUCUCAUCCUCAAUGGUGUUCAGCCUGUUUUAUCUGGGGUCGCUGUGGGAUGUGGGUGGCAAGCCUUCGUGGCCUACGUCAACGUCGGAUGUUACUACUUGGUUGGAAUUCCGAUCGGUUGCGUCCUAGGAUUUAAGUUCGACCUAGGCGCUAAGGGAAUAUGGUCGGGGAUGCUAGCCGGGACGGUCAUGCAGACUCUGAUAUUAAUUUGGGUCACAUACCGCACAGACUGGAAAAAAGAGGUGGAGAAAGCUAAAGAACGCUUGGACAAAUGGGAAGACAAGAGAAAGCCCCUCCUAAAGAGCUAAUCCUUCGAUUGCGUGGACUCCGGUAGCGUCACUAUAAAGGCCGAGCAAACUGUUUUGUUCAGCCAAUAACCCCCACAAACUCUAAGCCCAACGGCAACGAACACAUCCAACGAAUAAACGCCUGAAAAAUCACUGCGACGAACCAGUGAUCGCCCACUAUGUCAUUGUCUUUCCUGAAACAGAAAAUGCAGCAGUAUUGGGAUUGGACUGGAAUGGAAUUGCAUAUCCCGAUUUGGUUUCUUAGUCGAUAAACACAUACUAAGAUUUGGCUGCUACUAAUGGCCGGUCAUUUUC